AGUGAAGCCUUCUUGACAGGUGAUGUCAGUACCAACAAGAGGUCUAAGCUCUCUAUGUACAAAAAGUUCAUCGCGACUUGCACCUUGCUGGGGCUGGAGGGUGAGUUCUCCACCUGCUUCACUGAGCUCCAGCAAAACUUCCUGAAGGAUCGGCCAGACAAGCUAAUGAAUCUCAUCCUCCUGGUCAAACACUGGUACCAGCUGUGUAAGGAGAAGCUGGGGAGGCCGCUGCCCCCCCAGUAUGCCCUGGAGCUGCUCACAGUCUAUGCCUGGGAACGAGGGAGUGGAGCCCCUGAGUUCAACACAGCCCAGGGCUUCCGGACAGUCUUGCAACUGGUCACCAUAUACAGGCAGCUUCGAAUCUACUGGACAGUGUAUUAUGACUUUCAAGACCAGGACAUCUCCAAAUACCUGCACAGUCAGCUCAGAAGAGCCAGGCCUGUGAUCCUGGACCCUGCUGACCCAACAAGGAAUGUGGCUGGUGGAAACCCAUUGGGCUGGUGGCUGCUGGCACAAGAAGCUGUGGCCUGGCUGAAGUACUCAUGUUUUAGUAAUUAUGAUAAGUCCACAGUGUGCUCCUGGAAGGUGCCGGUGAGACCCUGUCAUUGCUCAGUCCCCUUACACACUAUUUUUGUCACUUCAUGUGUUUGGAGAAUAUUCUCCCAAUGAUGUGAUCUCUGGCUGAAA